AUGAAGGCAUCAACAUUCUUAGCUCCCCUCCUCCUAACCACAGGAGUCUACUCCUGGGGCCCAAUGGGUCAUGCUACAGUCGCAUACAUUGCCCAACAUUACCUCGAUGGUGCUGCUAGGAUCUUAACCUCCCACCUCCUUUCUGGCGCUUCGCUCCCUGAUAUCGCUUCAUGGGCCGAUAGCUACCGUUACACCGAUGGUGGCGCCUUUUCCCAAGUAUUUCACUAUAUUGACGCUCACGACCAAGUUCCUCAUAAAUGUAAUAUCAAGAUGGAACGUGAUUGUCCGCCGGAAGGGUGCAUUGUUACUGCUAUCGCCAAUUAUACCGAAAGAAUCCUCAACGAUGACUUGAGCUUCUCCGAACGCGCCGAUGCUCUCAAGUUCGUUAUUCACUUCAUUGGUGAUGUUCAACAGCCACUUCACACCGAGAACCUCGCUGUUGGUGGAAACGAAAUCACUGUGUUCUGGGGAAAUGAGAGCGUAAAGACCAACCUUCACGCUGCUUGGGAUCGUAAUAUCCCAGAGACACUCGCCGGAGGCUCGACAAUUGCCACUUCUGCUUCAUUCGCGAACUCCAUCAUCCAAGACCUCGAAACCGGCAUCUACAGCAACCUUAAGAAAGACUGGACCUCUUGCGGCUCCAUCAAGCGCGGCAUUGGUUGUCCAAAGGCCUGGGCCCAAGAUGCUAACAAAAUCGUGUGCUCUGACGUCCUACCAAACGGUGUUGAAGAAGUUCAGAACAAGGAUAUCAGCGGAGCGUAUUAUGAAAGGAACAAGAUGAUCGCUAGACAACAGAUCGCAAAGGGAGGCUAUAGAUUGGGUCUAUGGUUAAACAAGAUUGCUAAAGCAGAGCAAUUGAAGUGUAGGGCUUAG